UGCUGCAAAAAGCAACCCAGGGCAUCUGGAAACACUUAAGUGCAUUUCUCUAACACCUAAGCCACAAGGACAUUUUGCCUGCAGCUGUACAUGCAGUGAAGUGUUCCUCAGCAGGAAGCAGAGCAAAAGGAAUUAGCUUCAAGGUUUUUGCUCUGCUUCCUAUGUGAGUGGAAGAAACAACCAGGAUGGCUUCUGGGAGUGAAAGAAAUUCUGCAGUGACAGCUCAAAAUUCCUUUUGGCCUGAAGGUGGAGUCUGCAAGAAUGGAUUCCUCAUCAAAUCACCACCCCUUCAACUUUUCAACUCCCAGAGACAAAUCACUUUCUCUUUGGCAGAAUUCCUGGAAAAGGCGUUUUUUCAUCCUGUCCAAAUCCAGCAAGGGCAGUUACAUCCUGAAGUAUCUAAAAGGCCAGAAUAUAAAAGGCUCCAUAGAUGUUGAUCAAAUCAUAAAUAUCCAAGUUGGCAUAAGCAAGUCUGAAAUGAUGGAAAUGGUGAGGAAGAUGUUUAAAUGCCUUCCUGAGCAGGUGAUGUCCAUCAGUACUGGAAACAGAUGUUACUACCUUAUUGCUAGCAGCAGGCAGGAAACAGAGGACUGGGUCACUAUGAUAUCUUCUAUCUGCAGGGAUGCCAAAAGAGGUGGAUGCUGCCCUCAGAACCCAGAUUUUCCCGGUCCAGAAAUCAGAAGCCGACCCUCAUCUUUGCCACUAUUUAGGAAUCCUACAGAUACAAUGAGUUUCCCAGAAAGGCAAUUCUACCAGAAGGAGAACAGUUCCUCAGAAGACAAGAACAGGCCUAAUUCAGAUCCUGGGCUUCAUGCUGCUCACUGUGACCCAACAAAAGGAGUUUUUCCAAGCCUGGAUAGAAAUCUGGGAAAGAGUGAGGAAAAUCUGCAGUUGUCAGAUACAGAUGAAGACAUCACUAAAGAAGAUUAUUACCAAACUCCCAGCAACAUCUUAGCAAAGUGCACUACUGAAAUAUCAAAGCCUGACCCUACAGCUGGGUCUGAUGUCCCUGAGCUAGAGAAGCCAGUGCAGGAAAACCAAGCAAAGGAGAACAUUUAUAUGUCAAUGAAAUCACUUAGGUUGCUGGAUGAGUUCUGCCAGCUCAAGUGGCAUGAUGGGCUCCCACCUCCUUCCAUAUCCCAGGACGACAGUGUAUGUCCAAGAGACUUGGACACAAACAGAGACCUAAAAUUCCCAGAAAACAGCACCAACCAGCAGCUAACUCUUCAAAGAAGGCAAAAUUCAUUACCACUUUCAGUGGUUCAGUUGUCUAUACUGCUCAAUCAUGUUACAGAUGAGACCCAACUGCAGAAAUUGGAUAUUUUCAUCCCCCUGGCUGAUAUUAACAGUUACCUAAAACUUACUGAAGCAGCAGGACAAAUAUGUGUCUCACAGUGGACUGGUCCUCACCGACUGGGAUGUUUGUUUAACCACGGGGACCACAUAGUGGCUGUGAAUGAUCUGCAACCCCAGGGUGUGGAGGAAGCUUACUUCUUCAUCAGCAGGUCCACAAGAAAGGAGGUGAAACUUACUGUAUGUAGGAUUCCACAUUCAGAUACCUUCCAUGUUAAAGGCUGCUCGUGUUCCUGAAAAAAAAAAUGCCUCGGUGACUAAUGGUGUUGAAAAGCCUGUUUGUCCUGAAUCCUGCACAAAAACAGAGGGGAAACCCCAUUUCUAGAACGAGAGAGGAUAAAAAUGGAAGAAAAUGCAUUCCUUGGGAUCUCUUCUCCAAAGUUGCCAUGGGACUCCUUUGCUUUGUGCUUCUUCUUUGAGUACAACAAACUAUUUCUGCCUCAAGGGUUUCUGAGGGAUGGGAUGGAUGUCACCAGAUAGAGCUCCUUAGCACUCUGUAACUGUGUAAGUCCACUAGAACAGUCCUGGAGGCCUGAAUCACAGUCUAGUUCAAGAGCAUCAUCCAACAAUGUCACCCUCGACCUUUCCUGCCCAAGAUUUGCCUAAGAUCUUCUCCUGAACUUUAGAAAAGGGAAUUCCAAGACUCCUCUCUAUAUAUAAUUAGAAACUUUUUUGCUAAUAUUUAUCCUAGAUGAUUUUGAUUUUUAGAAAAUCAACCUGAUUUUUUUUUUUUUUUAAUUUUCUGUGGACAUGUUUGAGAGAAUGCUUGAUUUCUGCUGUCUGCAGAGUAAUUUUCAUUCUUGAAGGUGCAUGUUCUCUUCCUAUUUUUUUUUUUUAAUCAAACAUCCUGCAUUCUUCCACCAUUUUUUCACGUAUUUCCUGAAAGUUGUCAUGUGUCACUGAACUGCGGGACAAAGAACUCAUUCUUCCAGUUAAGGGUGAACAAAGAAGGUGGAACAACCCUGAAGAAAUUUACUGGAACUCCCUAGAAAAACAUUUCCCACAAGUGAACUAGCAAGGGAGCUGUGAACCUUACAUGGUGGAGUGGGGAGAACCACUCCUUGGAACCUGGUAGGUGUUGAGCAAAGUAUGCUGCAUUUUUCAGCCAUGGUAAAAUGUUAUUUUAGGACAAUAAUAAGAUUUAGGUAGAUAUAGGAUGCACAGGAUAAUUCCAGAUUGUUUCAUAAAACUGGGAAAUUAAUCCUGUGUUUCAUUAAACAGUUACUAAUGUGUUCGCCCAUAACUGAUCUUUAUGUCAGAUUGCACAAUGAUACAGGCAGGUAAUUAAUGUCACAUAUUGUCUGAUUCAUCACACAGAGAAGCAAUAUGGAAAUGGCAUCAGGACAGUAAAUUCUGGUAGGGUAUAUGAAGCUGUCUGCCCACAUACAAUAAAUAAAUGUUAA